AUGGGAUCACUUUCUCCGGCGAUCCACCCCAGCCUGACUCUUCAGGCCAACGGUUAUCAUCUGGUUUCGUUCCCUGGCGUGUUCCGGUCGGUUCUCUCUAGUCGGCGUACAAGACCUGACAUGACUGCAGUUUGCGAAAGGGGUCGUUGUGUAGUGUACGCCGAGAAGAAGUCAAAUGAGGCUAUCGAUUACUGCGAUCCCGAGUGGAAGUCUAAGUUCAAAAAAGACUUCGAGAAGCGAUUCAACAUUCCUCACAUUAGUGAUUUCUUCCCUGACGCUGUUUCGUAUCCCUCUACUUUCUGUCUCAGUAUGAGGACUCCUGUCAAUGAAGAAUUUGCAGAAGGGUAUCCUUCUGACGAGGAGUGGUAUGGAUACAUUAAUAAUGAUGAUAGAGUACUACUUAAGGUUAUCCGUUAUUUCUCCCCUUCAUCUGCUGGCGCUGAAUGUAUUGAUCCUGAUUGUACGUGGGUGGAGCAAUGGAUUCAUCGUGCAGGUCCUCGUGAGAAAAUAUACUUUAAACCAGAAGAUGUGAAAGCUGCAAUUGUAACUUGUGGGGGACUUUGUCCUGGGCUUAAUGAUGUCAUACGACAGAUUGUCAUCACACUUGAGAUUUAUGGCGUGAAAAAGAUUGUUGGGAUUCCUUUUGGAUACCGUGGAUUUGGCAAAGAAAUAGCUGAAAUGCCUUUGUCUCGGGAAAUUGUUCAAAAUGCUCAUCUUACUGGUGGAAGCUUGUUAGGAGUUUCUCGUGGAGGACCAAGUGUCCAUGAAAUCGUGGACAGCAUGGGGGAUAGAAACAUCAACAUGCUUUUUGUGCUUGGCGGAAAUGGAACACAUGCAGGCGCUAAUGCAAUACACAAAGAGUGCAUAAAAAGAGGGUUAAAGGUAGCUGUAGUUGGUGUUCCCAAAACUAUAGACAAUGAUAUUCUGCUCAUGGAUAAGACAUUUGGUUUUGAUACUGCUGUCGAGGAAGCACAAAGAGCGAUAAAUGCUGCAUAUAUCGAGGCACAUAGUGCUUAUCGUGGUAUUGGAAUUGUAAAGUUGAUGGGGCGGAGUAGUGGUUUUAUAGCCAUGCAUGCGGCCCUUGCUAGUGGUCAGAUUGAUUUAUGUUUGAUACCGGAGGUACCCUUUGAGUUGCAUGGACCUCAUGGUGUCUUAAGUCAUCUCAAGUAUCUACUCGAAACAAAGGGAUCAGCCGUCAUCUGUGUAGCCGAAGGAGCUGGGCAGAACUUUUUAGAGAAAACGAAUGCUAAAGAUGCAUCUGGGAAUGUUGUACUAGGAGAUAUCGGGGUACAUAUACAACAGGAGGUGAAAAAAUAUUUCAAGGAUAUGGGCGAUCCAGCUGAUGUAAAAUACAUUGAUCCUACAUAUAUGAUUCGUGCAUGCCGAGCAAAUGCAUCAGAUGGAAUUCUGUGCACGGUACUGGGUCAAAAUGCUGUCCAUGGUGCAUUUGCGGGAUACAGUGGGAUCACGGUCGGCAUAUGCAACACUCACUAUGUCUACAUACCGAUCACUGAGGUGAUCUCUUACCCUAAAAUCGUGGACCAGAACAGCCGUAUGUGGCAUCGUUGCUUGACGUCUACAGGCCAGCCUGACUUUCUCUAAUCUUACAAACCAUUUUAAGCUAUGUACUUAAUUCACAGUAACUUAGAUGAAAGAAGUGAUGCCA